UGUCUCGUCUCUCUAUUCUUAUGUCAACUGGCAAUAUUGUGAAAAUUAAUGACGGGACGGCGAAGGAGAACACGAGUGGAGAGGUGAUAAGAUCAAAGGUUUGUUGUGAAUCCUAAAAGACGUGUCCAAAAAACACGAUGAUAAUCCGAAAAUCUAAAGGUGUGUUUGCAUGCGGUGACUGUAGCGCGAUGAUGUGUAGUGACUCAGAUUGGACCUAAAGGACCCAUCAGCCCUUCCUGCUCUAGAUAUGUCACAUUUGCUUUGUUUCAUUCAGAUCAUGUUUUAUAAAUGCAAAUUCUGUUGUGUUAUGCAUAAAGGGGAAUAUGUGUUCAUUUUUACUAGAUAAACUCAAGACAUGCUGAUUAAAGCUUCACUUUUCCGAGCUGACGUCAGCUGAGGUGGCAGCAGUGCUGUCACUCUGAACAACUAUCGUCUCAUGUGGUGCAUUAUCCGGUCUGAACUCCGGCAUGAGCACUGCUGGACAGGGAGCAGCCGAUCUUCACAACUCGAGCUCAUGUGUUCCAAAUUGAUCCAAGCACUAAGAAGAACUGGGUUCCUGCCAGUAAACAGGCCGUUACGGUGUCAUACUUCUAUGACAGCUCACGCAACAGUUACCGCAUCAUCAGCGUGGAUGGGUCAAAGGUCAUUAUCAACAGCACGAUUACUCCCAACAUGAACUUCACUAAAACAUCACAGAAGUUUGGUCAGUGGGCCGACAGUCGAGCGAACACUGUGUUUGGCCUCGGCUUCGUCUCUGAACAACAGCUAUCCAAGUUUGCUGAGAAGUUUCAGGAGGUGAAAGAAGCAGUGAAACUGGCCAGAGAGAAAUCACAGGAGAACAUGGAGACGUCCAGCGAACAUUCACAGGAAUCUGGCCAUGAAACUCCAUCAGCCAAUCAGGCGUCCAGCAUCAACGGAACGGACGAUGAGAAAAUUACACAUGGCCCAGAGAACGAGGUGCUAAAGAGCGAAAACGACCGGCUCAAAUCUGUCAUAGAGCAGAGUAAGAAGUGGGAGACGGAGCUGCAGGCGCUGAAGGAGAGUAAUGCACGACUGGCUGACGCGCUGCAGGAAGCAAACAGCAAUGCUGAAAGCUGGAAGAGUGAAGUGACAAAAUGUCAAGAGGAGAAUAAUCAACUGAGGAACAAGAUCUCAGAGUUGGAGCUGCAGUGUAAGGAAGUGAAUGUGGAGAGAGAGAGAAACGCUCAACUGACCGUCAGAAUUCAAGAGCUGGAGGCUGAUUUACAAGAUAAACAACAGGAGCUUGAGAAUCUUCGCAAACAGGCAGAAAUCAUUCCUCAGCUGAUGGCAGAAUGUGAAAGUAUCAACACUAAACUACAGGCAGCAGAACUGACCAACAGAGAUCUGAAUGAGCAGAUGAAGCAGCUACAUGGUGAAAUAAACAACAGCGAGCAAAAACAGAAGAACAUGAAGACUGAACUCAAGACGUUUAUGGAUGUUCUUGAUGGAAAGAUCGAUGAGCUACAUGAAGUACGGCAGGGGAUUUCGAAACUAGGCAUCGACAACUGAACACAAACACCAUAUAACAUGCGUGCACACACACAACUGGGGGUUUCUCGUGUGAUCUGCUGGUUAAAGGGCUACUGAUGGUCAACGAUUGCACUGAAAGUAGAGAGUUUUACACACACACACACACACACACACACACACACACACUGACAGAAGUGUUCAUUUUGCCGCUGCAGAUCUCAGGGCUUCAUGCAGUUUGGAGUAGUUUGAUAUGCACACACACGGAAGAACUGUAGAAUCACAAAGUGCCUGAAGGUGGUGCUUUCACCGGAGCUCCAUGAGCCCUUAAUAAUCAGUCACAGCGGAGGAGCUGAUAUGUCGAUCUUCUUAACGUGAAACUGAACUGCGACUGGGCACCAAAACUUUCAUGCAAUACUUGUAACUCUCUUGUUCCGCUGACUUUGUGUUUUGAAGAGAAUUUUCAUUGUUGCUUAAAUGAUAUUUCUAAUUCUGAUCAAUGAAAAUAUGAGCCAAAUCUCUGCUGCAAAUAUCUGCUUUGAUGAGGGAAUUUUGCUUGUAUGGUGCAGAUUUACUCAUUUUAUUCUGCUGUGUAUAUGAUGUGCUCCCCUCCCACUGUUCCUGUAUGUGUAUGUAAGAGUUCUGUUAAGAGUGUGUGUGUUGUCAUUUGGGUGAUGGGAUAAUUUAUAGAAUAAUUUUAGAAUAAUCUCUGCCUUUGAGUCAGAAGAGGAGCGCAUGAGCUUCCAAACUCUUCCUCUCAAUUCUCUCCAGGUUUUUUGCCUUUAAUCUUAAUUUGAAAGUCAUGGCUGGUGUAUUAUAGACAUGUAACGCAGGUGAAUGCACAUUUUUGUUAACACCUCUGUAGAUGCACUCACACUCACUCCUGGGGUCUUACUGAACUUUUAAGACACUUGACACUUUUUUCCCCACUUCCUGUUUUGUUGAUCAAAAUUGUAAAAUGAAUAAUCGUUGAAAUAUAGUUUGUGAAGGAAACCUUUGUGCUGUUUUCUA